AUGUCUGUUUUACCCACGUCAACUUAUUUUAACCCAUCCACGUCCUCUCUCCCACCUUCUUAAUAUUACCUUCAAAUUUGUACAAAACCAAGGGUAGUCACAGAAACCCAUAAAAUGACACAUCAGCUCUUUCAUCAUUUUCUUUCUCCUCCCAAACUGCCACCAGUUUUUUUAUUAAACCUUUAGCCUCUCAUUUUUGUUCCAAACUUUUCUUUUUUUCUCUGAAAACAAUCAAAACCCAAUUUCAUGUGUCAUCCCAAAACCAUCUAAAAAGUACUGCCAGACCCCCAUUUAAUAAACCCAUCUCUUCCACUCUCUCAUAGUUCCUCAGAGAGAGAGAGAGAGAGAGAGCAAAAGUUUCAUUUCUAGGAAUCAGGAAAGAGAUUAAAGGGAAAAAAAAAAAGAAAAAAAAAUAAAAAAAAGGGAAGAAAAUGGCAAUUUGCACUGUUUAUACAACACAACUCAAUCCCACAUGUUCAUUCUCUACGCCAUCAAAAACCCACUUGGGAUUUCACCAAAAACAGGUGGUUUUCUACAGCACAAGCAAGAAAAGCAGCAGAAGAAGCACUUCAAGCCGAUGUGUGAUAACAUGCUCAGCAGGUGACUCACAGACAGUUGUGAUUGGUCUAGCAGCAGACUCUGGUUGUGGGAAGAGUACCUUCAUGAGGAGGCUAACAAGUGUGUUUGGAGGAGCAGCAGAACCACCUAAAGGAGGAAACCCAGAUUCAAACACUCUAAUCAGUGACACAACCACUGUGAUUUGCCUUGAUGAUUACCAUUCAUUGGAUAGAACUGGUAGGAAAGAGAAGGGGGUUACUGCUCUUGACCCAAGAGCAAACAACUUUGAUCUUAUGUAUGAACAGGUUAAAGCUUUGAAAGAAGGCAUUCCUGUUGAUAAACCCAUUUACAACCAUGUUACUGGUCUUUUGGAUCCUCCUGAGCUCAUCAAGCCACCAAAGAUCCUUGUCAUUGAAGGACUUCACCCAAUGUUUGACCCGAGAGUGAGGGAUAUCUUGGACUUCAGUAUCUACUUGGAUAUCAGCAAUGAGGUUAAGUUUGCAUGGAAAAUUCAGAGAGACAUGGCAGAGCGUGGACACAGUCUUGAAAGCAUCAAAGCCAGUAUCGAAGCUCGAAAGCCCGAUUUCGAUGCUUAUAUUGAUCCACAAAAGCAAUAUGCAGACGCUGUGAUUGAAGUGUUGCCAACCCAACUCAUUCCGGAUGAUAAUGAAGGAAAGGUUUUGAGAGUGAAGUUGAUAAUGAAAGAAGGAGUUGAGUUUUUCAGCCCAGUUUACUUGUUUGAUGAAGGCUCAACCAUCUCAUGGAUACCAUGUGGAAGGAAGCUUACCUGCUCUUACCCCGGCAUCAAAUUUAACUAUGGCCCCGACUCUUACUACGGUCACGAGGUGUCUGUGUUGGAGAUGGAUGGGCAAUUUGACAGAUUAGAUGAGCUGAUUUAUGUGGAAAGCCAUCUAAGUAACAUAUCUACCAAGUUCUAUGGAGAAGUCACCCAACAAAUGUUGAAGCAUGCUGAUUUCCCUGGUAGCAACAAUGGAACAGGUCUCUUCCAGACUAUAGUUGGAUUAAAGAUAAGAGAUUUAUACGAGCAGCUCACCGCUAGCAAGGCAAAAACUCCGGUAGAAGCAACAAAAGCUUAAGCUAUUGAUCGAGUGAAUGCAACGCCUGCCUUGUUUGCCAAGGCAUGCAGGCCAUGAGUCUAUAUAAAAUAAUCUUUGUUUCAGUUUUUCUAUUUUUGUACUCCCCAUUUCUCUAUAAUGCUCAUGGUUGAGAGUGUUAGGCUAUUCCUAACCAGAAUGAGAACACUCUGUAUGUAAUUUUAGUUUCUGUUUGUAAUUCUAUGGAGAUCUGUAAAAUAGAGAAACAAAAAAAGCAUAACUUAAAUUCAGUUAAAGUUCUUACAAAA